GUUGAUUACAAUGAGACGUAGUUUUUCUUUAUGUUUUGUAUUCAUCACAUUAAAACUUACAGAGUUAAGGUUUAUUGAUUGACACCUAUCGGCCUCGGUCAAUUUAUUAAUUUUUUGCCAUCCCGGUAAAACCUAUGCGAGUGUUUUUGUACAUUUUCUGAUACAUUAUUUGGUGUAGUUUUGCAAAGCAAUGUAAAUCAUAUAACUGAAGAUAAAUAUUGUUUCUAUUUAACAGAUAUAAUCAUUUUUGUAAUAUUAUUGUUAUUAUUUGUUAAGUUACUCUAACGGUUUACUUGAUACUAAGACUACAACACACAAUUCAGUUAUCCAGAAAAUUAAACUACUAUUUAACCAAUAGUGAUAACUUAGACACCGAACUAUUUAAAACUGAUGAAAAUAAUAAUAUCAUGUAAGUGUAAUUUUUGUAUUUAUAUAAUUACUACUUUCACUUUGGUUUUCCAAUUCUGUGCUUAAUGUUUGUCUUGAGUAAUCAUUUGCCUCUUUGGUUUUUUUUUUAUGUAAGUGAUGGAAUCCGAUAACUACGUUCUCCAUACAAAAUUUGGCAACUACGUCUUCUACCAUUUUAUAGAUUGGAAACAAUGAUUUGAACACUUCACAUCUGCCACCAUGUUUUUCAGGGUUAGACAUCAGAAAAUGAUGCACGUGUACUUGGUUGUAUUUGUUUUAUUAAGUGUUCUAGUGGUCUUGGGUGCUUAUAUAGCAUAUCAUGUGUUACUACGCCAACAACAUUUUCAAAUUCAAAGUGCUGUAUCUAAAUUGAUGCAUAGUGAUAAUAUCAAUCGACGUUUCAGUAAGUACAAAAUCAUUUUAUCUGUUAGCUUAUUUGAUUUUUCUACUGAUUUUGGUUUUUUCUUCCAUAUAUUAUAAUGUCACUUACUUUGCAUGUGUAUUUUUGUAGAAGCUGCUGCUUUUCAAUACCAUCAUAAUUCUGUUCCAUUACUUAAAGACCAAAAGCCUCUGGUAAUAUACAAUAGGGUGCCUAAGACUGGAUCAACAAGUUUUGUCAAUGUUGCAUAUGAUUUACAUGCACGUAAUUCAUUUCGUGUACUUCAUGUCAAUGUCACAGGCAACUCUCAUUUGCUUUCGCUCUAUGAUCAGGUAUAUUACACAUUUCCUAUAAUUUUUUUACUGGAUAUUCGAUAAACAAAUUAAUAAAUUAUUGAAAUUAAUUCAGUUUAAAGGAAAUAAAUAAAUUAGAAUUUAGAUAUUAAAUAUAAAGUACCUACUUUAUAUUUAAUUACAUGUAUUUUUAAACUUAAUAUCAGUUUAAUUAAAUUAUAAAAAAGAAAAAAAAAUGGUGUUAAGAAUUCUUCAAUUUUAUUCAUUGGGUAAUAACAAAACAAAAUUUUUAAUAUAAUACCAACAAGUGUUUUAUAGUAAUUCAACUUCAUAUUAAUUUUAUACAUCUACAGAUGAUGUAUCCUUAAAAGUAAAUAAUUAUAAUUUUAAAUGAAUAUUAUACUAGUUUAUUUCAAAUAUCACUCAAACAAUUAGUAUCAAAAUCUAUAGUUAUCAAUAUUAUCUUUAAAUAAACCUUUAUUUUCAAAAUAGUAGGUGUAAUUAAUAAUAUGGAACAAAUGUAGUUUUCCAGGUACUUUUUAUUUUUCAAUUUUUUUGUUGAAAAUAUGUGUUUUUUGACACUGAUUUUGAAUGUUUGGAAACCUUUAUUUAUAAAGUUUGAAGUUUGUUGUUAUUAUAGUAUAAAUUUUGCUGUGCUCACUCGAGACUUUUAAACAAAAAAAAAACCAUUGAUUUGUUGUGCAAAACCACGUUAGACACGUGUUUACAUACAAAAAAAAAAGAUGCUAAAAUUUUUUAAGAUAGAUAGGUAUUGAUUGAACUUUAUACCGCUUUAUCCAAUACGUUAUGGUCAAAUGUGAAAACAUUUUUGUAAAAAUAAAUAGAUAUUUACGCGAAACCUUAAGACAAAUUUUAAAUUUUUUUAAAAUGGUUUUCUCGAUCAUUCAAUCUAGAUUUAUACCAAAAAUACAAUAAGGGAUUUGUCACUUAAAAAAAAACAUUAAAAUGUAGAAAUACUUAUAAAAUACAAAAAACUAAAAAUUUACAAUAUAAAUUUAUGUUUUUGUUUUUUACUGGUCUAAACUCCAUAAGAAUAUAAUGUUUAUUUUCCUAUUAGGAAAAAAAAAGACUGGAAAUUGUUUAAAAAUUUAUAUAAAAUUUGGUAUUAAUUAGAAUUAUUUCAUAAACAAUUAAAAUUAAAAUUCUCAACAUUUAAUCUUUUUUUUUUAUAAAAGUUGCAUUUUAAAAAGUGUAAAAAUAACUAAAAUUUGAAUCUAUCAACACUCACAAAUCAUCAAUGUUGACUUUUAGUUUCGAUUCAUUGAUAAUACAACACAAUGGUUGCUGCCUGCAUUUUACCAUGGACACUUUGCAUACAUAGAUUUUGAACGGUAAUUUUAAUAUUUUAAUAUUAACUUAUUUUAUACUUUAUUUUACUAUGUAUUUUUAUUAUUAAUCCCAAUAAUUUUUAUGUUUUUAAUUAUUUUGUUUGUAGAUAUGGAUAUAAGAAGCCACAUUAUAUUCAAUUGUUACGAAAACCCUUGGACAGAUUGGUUUCAUAUUAUUAUUUUCUACGCUAUGGCGAUGAUUAUCGACCACAUUUAGUACGUAAAAAACAUAUGGAUUCAGCAACAACUUUUGAUGAGUGUGUUGAUCGAGGUGGACCAGAUUGCCAAGCCAAUCUUCUUUGGUUACAAAUCCCAUUCUUGUGUGGCCAGUCAGCUGAUUGUUGGUUUGUACAUUAUAUUACAUUUUUUAGUAGCCCUGAUUUCAAGGUUGAACUAAACUUAAAACAAACUUCUUUUAAUGCAUACAGUUUUUUAUUCAAAUCUGAACUGAGCUUUAACAAAAGUUGCCCUAAGAUAAUGGGGAAUGCAGCCACUGUUAUUGGUGAGAAGGGGAAAUUAGUUUGUAUCUGUAAGCAAUGAUAAACCAUUGCUUAUUAAAAAUGACUGAGCACCAUUUAGUUGAUAGUGAUGAUUUGACAACAAUAUAUAUGUCAUAUUAUGGUAGGAUGAUGGUAGCUUGCUCAUAGCCCUCCCUGCAUAUGUUUAGUUGUAUGUGAUUCCGGUAUAAAACUAACGUAUCAAUACCACCACUAGGCGCUGAUACCCAGCAACCCAAAUCAACGCCACUGUCAGCGAUGACAAAUAAAAAUGGUCCUUUUAAGGACCACCUAACGCUAAGUAUUGGUGGUGAACUCAGGGUGUGCCACUUCAAUAUUGAAGGAAUUUUAAAAUUAAAAUGUGAAGUUUUGUCAAAAAUUAUGAAUAAAGAAAGGGUUGAUGUAAUCGCAUUACAAGAAACCCACACAUUAAACGAUGAGGAUAUAGGAAAAAGGGGAUUCAUACAAGAUUACCUGCUACUUGGAACGAUACACUACAAACAAUAUGGUGUGGCCACAUAUAUUAAAGAAGAUAUAGAUAUGUGCCGGAUUAUUUUCGAAGAUAACCAAGAUGGCAGCCCUCAUAGGGACUGUGACUGUCGCUAAUAUAUAUAAGCCACCUAACACCCAAUGGAAGUCCCCCACUAUUAAAACAUUCGAUCACCCUGCCUUAUACGUAGGUGAUUUUAUCAGUCACAGUCUGGAAUGGGGUACAACGAAAAUGAUGCUAAUGGAAACAAACUUCAGGAAUGGAUGGUCUUACACAACAUGAAACUCAUAUAUAACGCCAAAGAUAGUAAAAGUAAGGAAAGUAGCCAAAGGGUACUUUCCGGUCAGCAAGGUGGUUAAAAGACUAUACUCCGGACUUAAGCAUAGCUUCUAGGACCUCCUUAAGCGACAACACUAUAGUAACGAGACACAUCCUGGGAAAUGUCUCACAUAGUCAGCACUGUCCGAUAUUGCUGAACUACGGACUACAAAUCCCAUAGAUAAGAUCCUUACCUAAACCACGUUGGAAUUUUAGGAAGGCUAACUGGGUCGAUUAUGGAAAUGAACUAGACCAUAUAAUCUCUUAGAUCCCGCCUAAAGCUAGCUCUUACGAUCGAUUUGUGGGAGCUAUCAAAUCGGUAGCGAGUAAACACAUCCCUAGGGGCUUUAGAAAACUUUACAUAUCUGGCUGGGAUGAAGACUGUACAAAAUUAUUUGAAGACUUUCAGAAAAAUAAUAACAGCACAAUAGCAGAUGAUCUCAUUGGUAGACUAAAUGCUAUAAGGAAACAGAGAUGGAGUGAAACUCUGCGGAAUUAGACUUUACUCACUCGAGUCAUAAAGCGUGGAGCCUGAUGAAAAGACUAGGAGACCACAGCCAUAGCAAGAAGAAACAAGAAAUUCUGAGCCAAAUGAGGUGGCAUCGAGAAUUAUAGAGAUGGGCAAAACGCAAUCAUGCAAGGUUCACAGUAGGACCAUAAAAGCAAAGCUCAGACGUCAAAAGAAAAAACUUCAACAACAUACAAUGUUUGGUGCACCCUUCACGCUCGAUGAGGUUAAUAAAGCCUUAAGCAAACCAAAUUAAAUAAGGCAGCUGGUUUUGAUGGGAUAUACCCCGAAUUCAUUAAACACGCUGGUCCCAGAGUACAGGAGUGGCUACCUAGACACAACAAACAUUUUAAAACAGUUCAAAAGGGCUAAAGUUAUCGCACUUCUAAAACCGGGAAAGUCUGGAACCGAGGCUGUAGACUACCGCCCAAUCUUGUUGCUAAGCAUCCCAUACAAGAUCUUGGAGAGAUUCAUCCUGGAGAGAAUACAGCCUCAUAUUGACGAGAUUAUUCCGGUAGAGCAAGCGGGCUUCAGAAACAACAGAAGUUGCGAAGAACAGGUCCUCGCCUUAACAACACUAAUUGAAGCCGGCUUUCAGAAGAAGUUAAAAACCAGCGUAGCCUUCAUUGACUUCUCUGCUGCGUAUGACACGGUCUGGAGACAUGGAUUACUGUACAAGUUUAGUAAGGUUAUCAAUUGCAGUAAGUUAAUGGGGUUCCUAGAAGGAAUCCUUGCAAAUCGACGUUUCCAAGUUUACUUAGGUAAUAAAGGGAGCAGAUGGAGGACAGUGAAUAAUGGCUCCCUCAAGGUUCAGUCCUUGCCCCAACAUUGUUUAACCUUUACAUGUACGAUAUCCCAGNGAUGGAGUGAAACUACUGCGGAAUUAGACUUUACUCACUCGAGUCAUAAAGCGUGGUGCCUGAUGAAGAGACUAGGAGACCACAGCCUUAGCAAGAAGAAACAAGAAAUUUUGAGUGCAAAUGAAGUGGCUUCGAGAAUUAUAGAGAUGGGCAAAACGCAAUCAUGCAAUGUUCACAGUAGGACCAUAAAAGCAGAGCUCAGACGUCAAAAGAAAAAAACUACAACAACAUACAAUGAGGAUGGAUGAGGUUAAUAAAGCCUUAAGUAAAACCAAAUUAAAUAAGGCAGCUGGUUUUGAUGGGAUAUACCCCGAAUUCAUUAAACACGCUGGUCCCAGAGUACAGGGAAACGGGGAACAAACAAUAAAUCAUAUAGUAGUUGAUUGCCAAGGUAGAAAAUUCAACUAAGGUUUUGAAGGCCUGCAUGCAGUGACACCCGAAGCAAUUACCUGAAUUACAAACCUCGACAUCUGUCUAUGAACCCACAUCGCAAGAACGACUCACCUUUAUUGUUAUUUAUGAUUUUUGACUUAUUAUAGUUCUAUUGUAAGUUAUACUGGUAUAGCUUCAUAUCUAUAUCAUGUUUUGUAUUGUUUUUAGUUUAUAUUUUAGUUUAUGUUUUAGUUUAUAUUUUAGUUAGAGUUUGAUAGUUAAGUUGAUUUGUGUUAAAAGCCAUACGAAAUAAAUAAAUAUUAUGGUAAAAUAAUUAAUUUUCUUUAAUAAUGUUCAUCUAAUAUAGUACUGAUUUUCUAGGUUUCCAUGAUUUUUCAUGAUUUUUCACAUUUGUUGAGGAAACUCCUGGGAAAAUAAAAAAUGACUGCUCUAAAAUACCUCCUUAGUCAGAUUUUUUUUCAUAAAAAGGUUUAUAUUAUAUACAUCAAUACAUCAUACAAAGAUUUCUGGUAGAAUUUUUGUAUACAGUAUAUAUAUAUAAAAAAAAAAAAACAUCUUUGCUACAUUUAGAAUCUAAAAUGAUAAUGUUUAAAUUUCAAAAUGUAAAAUAUUCUAUUGUUCAGAAAAACAUUUUUUAUUUAUAAAACAAUCAUUGAUGAUUAAUAUAUAUUAUUAUUAUUAUUUGUCUAUUAACAUUAAGUUAUAAUUAUAUUGUCAUACAAAUAUUAAACACUGACAUACCUAUCAAUUAUCAUAUUUUUUCCUCUAUUAACUAACAGAAUUACAGAUUAAUGUCAUUAAAGAUUAAUAAAAUAAUGAACAAUGAAAUGCAAUAUUAUUAAAAUAAAUAUAUAAAUAAAAAUUGAAUAGGUAUAUUCAAAGUUAAUUAAUUAAUAUUAAAAUAUUGUCCUUCAAAAACACAUACUUUCCAUUGAUUGUGGAGGUAGUUUUUGUCUUUUGGAUAUCACCACUUAUCCAGCUUUGGAAAAUGUUAGUUCUGAUGUUCCUAGAAUAUCCCAAUACAGAUACAUCCAUGUAACAGGUAUCUAAAUUGAAACUUUAUCACAUAUUUGUUUAGUUCAAUUAUUGCAAAUGUUCAGUUUGAUUUUCUAACUAUUGAACUCCUCUGGUUCAGUUGAAAAUCAAAUAGUUCCUAGUAUUACUAAUAUUUUGUAUCAAUGUAAAAUUUUUAACAUUUCCAGUUAUUACUUGUUAAAUAUUUUGAGUUAAUGAAGUAUUAUCUUAUUGAUGUAAUAAUGAGUAGUAUUAUUAAUUAUUGUUAUAUUACUUUUUAGGACUCCAGGAAGUGAGUGGGCAUUGCGCCAAGCCAAACGUAAUGUUCUCGAAAAAUACACCUUAGUGGGAGUCACUGAAAAACUGACACAAUUUCUACAAAUGCUGGAACUCGUGAUUCCAGGUGAUAUGUUUCGUAAUGCUUCUGAACAUUUCCAGCAUAGUAUGUAUUAUUCAAAUUUAUACAUUUUUGUUGAGUUUGCCCAAGGGUCAUUAUUUUGAAUAGUGUUGUGUGUGCUCUACAGUAUAUUCAUUAUGUUAUAUAAUAUCUUAGUUUCACUUAACAGACUUACUCGAAAUACAGGUUUAAAAUCAAUAUGUCUUAUUUGAAUAUUUUAAACUUUUAUUAAAAACUAGACUGCUAACUUAUAAAUCUUACAUUUAUUAUACCAAUUUAGGAAUAUUGACUCAACUUUGGGCUGUGUCUAAACCAUCUUAAUUAAAAACUAUACAAGCUUUCCAAUCUCUUUCAUAACACCAAAUCACAGUAGUUCCGGUGGAGUUGCAAAAAUUAAUUUUUUUGUUUUUGGGUUACUUUAGGGACAUAGAUUUUAAUUUAUUGGUUUAUAUUUGUGAAAUAAUUGAGGCCAGAAAAUACAGGACAAUACAGCUAGUUUAGUUAAUUGUUUUAAAGUAUAAUAACAAACUUGUAGUUUUAAUAAUAAUUAGCUGGACUUGAAAAAGAAGAAAAUCAAAUUAUGUAGAAAUAAUUAUAUAUAACUUAUUAUUAUUGAUAACACAGUUUUAUUGAAAAAGUAUAGAUAUUUAUAUAUCAAUACCUUAUAAUGUAUAUUUUGUAUAUUUCAUGAAAAAUGGCUGAGGACUGGUUAAUAUUAGAUAAUUAUAAAACUGAAAAAAUAUUGUGAGUAAAUACUAAACAGUAUUAAUAAAAAUGUAUUUUCUAGUUUUCUGUAUGGCACUACCAAUAUUUCAUUUAUAUGAAAUUAAUCAAAUGUACAAAAAUAUGUAUAAAAUGUAUAUAUUAGAACUGACAAUUAAGUAAUAAGGCACAUUGCAAAAAUUAUGUAUAUUUAAAAAUUAAGGCACAUUGAUAUGGUCCCCAUCAAAGUAUUCUUCUUGGGUAGUAACAUAUUGUAUCCCACGCUUUUUCGUAAGAUUUCUGGAAGUCAUUUACUGGAAACUCCUGGAGUACUUUCUUCAGAGAAAGUUUGGUCUGUUACCAACUCGAAAUGUAUUCCUUUUACUGCCUGUUUGAGAAUAUGGUGGCUGGGGCAAUAUUGUAAUAUUUUUUGAGAUCAAAAAUUGCGUCACACUGAAGGCAUGGUGACAAGGCGCAUUGUCAUGGUGAUCCAUGUGUUUAUGAUGUCUGGGUGGACUGUAAUGAUUAUUUUUUGCAAAUAUUUUUCAUGUACUUCGAUGUAGAACUGUUGAUAAACAGUCUGUCCAGGUGGCCAUAUGCACUGCCGCCUCACUGCUGUCAAAGAAGCAAAUCAUCAUUAUUUGACUUUUGAUUUGCUUAUUCUUUCUUUUUUUGGCCUUGCUGAGCCAGAAUACAGCUACUGUUGGCUCUGCUGCUUUGUUUCUGGAUCAUACUGAAAGAACCAACUCUACCAGUAACUACAAAUUUCAAAAAGAUUGUAUUAUUUUCUACCUGUUCAAGACAAUCCUGUACUACAGUCUUUCUUACAUGUUUUUGUUCUUUUGAAAAGUAUUUUGGAACCAUUUUUGCACAAAGUUUUUUCAUGCACAAAUCUUCAACCAAAAUCUUUCUAAUUGUUUCAGGAUUAAUGUUUAAUUCACCAGAUAAAAUUUGAAUUAGUUAGCGGCCUAUCUUGAUGCACAAGAGCCUGCACCCAACUGCCCUUCCACUUCGCAGUUCAUCCCUUUAAAUUAUUUAUGACACUGGAAUACUUGUGCAUAACUCAUGGCUUCAUCACUGAACACUUUAACCACUUUAUCAAGUGUUUUUGUCACAGAUUUGCCAAGUUUCACACAAAACUUGAUAUUGAUAUCACUUGAUUCAUGACACGCAUUGUGACCCUGACUUAAAUGAACCAACACAAACAGUGAACUAAUGACUGUAUGAAAAUAUCAAAUACAUCUAUUAAUAGAUUAAGAUUAGGAAAUUAACGACCUGAAGUUACAGGUUUAUAGUGCUGCCACAGGACAAAAAAAUUAGUUUCAUUACUUAAUUGUCACACCUUGUAUAACUUUUAAAUCCCACUAAAUAAAAUGUUAUAAUAAUUGUGCUGUGGAAAAAGUAGAACGCAUAUAGUACAUGAAAGUGUAUAUUAGACCAGUGUUUCUCAACCUUUCUACUGUAGCAACAAUGCAACACCCUAAAUAAUUAGUUGGCACCUUGGUUGAGAAACACUGUGUUAGACUAUAUGCAACAAAAACACUAUAAUUGACUGUAUACUGAGUGACUUAAAGAUUUAUUUUAAUUUUUUACCCCUAUUCUAUAUACCUUAAAUAACUAUAAACUUUAAUUUUUCAAAUCAAAAUGUUCCUUAUUGAACAUAGAUUCAAAAAUGGAAAAUGUUUCUAAACUUUUGAUAUGUAUAACACAAAUAUCAGAUUUGCAUAUCUAUUUUGAAAUGAUAAAUUGAUAACUCUUCCCUACUCAUCCAGUCUAAAUAUAAACUAUAAUAUUUUUCAUGAAUGAAUGGUAGAGAGUCUUGACAAAAACCAGUCAUUGUUACUCCAAAGCUCCCACCAUUAAGGGAUCCGUAGCUCAGCUGCGUGUGCGAAACACUACCUUUAUCUCGUGAAAAAUAGUAUAGUAAUAACUUACAAAUGAUAAAUUUGAUAUUAGUGUUAUGCAUUUCAAAAUUUCUAGAAAAAUAUUCUUUAUUGGAAUCUAUUUAAAAGAAUCAAAAGUUGCUAUUUGAAAAACAAAAUUAUAUACUUAUUUCAAGUAUAUGAAAUGAAGAAAAAAAUUAAAAAUAGUUUUAAAAUUAAGCUUUAAUGAUUCCACAAUGGUUAAAAAAAUUAAUUAAAAAUUAAAUUCACUUAAAAUACUCCAUGAAAAUGAAUGGUUGAUGAUAAAAAAUUCCCUUAUUCACAUUCAAAAUGUUAACAUAUUUUUAUUAUUUAAUAUUCAUUUUUUUUAGGCUCCAAGUCUCAUCUCAGAAAGACAGCUAAGAAAUAUCCUGUCUCUCGGAAAACUGUUAAAAAAUUUCACGAUUCUACUGUGUGGCAAAUGGAAAACGAACUAUAUACAUUUGUAGCUAGAGAAUUUGCAUUUGCAUAUGCUAAACAAUUUCCAAAUGUACUAUCUAAAGAUUGGAAAUCUGCUGAUGAAUUACCACCUCCUAACUUUCAUUAUGAAAAAAUAUAUCCGAAACCACUACAACAACAAAAAAAAAAUACCAAACAUACAUAGUUUUUGUGCUUAUUGAACUUGAAUAACAAUAUUUAUUAUUGUAUAUUAUAUGUAUUAUAUGGAUUUUUAUGCAAAUGCAUAAUAUAUUUAUUAGAAUAAGGUAUUUGAAAUCUGUUAAAAAAAUUAACCAAUUUAAAUCAUUUUCAUUAAAAUAACACCAAUAUUGUGUUUUACAUAUUUUAACUGUUUAAAUUGAUUGCAUAUUUAAUGUGUUCGUAAUUUUAAAGUGAAUUUUUUUAAUUCUGAGUGAAGUGAGAAAUUUAUUUGUUCAUCUGUGAAUUGUUUUUUGGUUAGCAAUGGUUUAUUGUUGCUUACAGUUACACAUUAAAUUCUCUUCUGUAUUCUAGCUCCCUAACUUCCCACCUGCAAUAGUGGCUGCAACUGCCAAUUACAAUUAAAAUAUUUUUAUGAAUAUUUUAUAAUAUAUAUUUUUAUUUAUUUCAAUUUUUUUCUAAUGUGUGUUAAUAUAUUUUAGUUUAAGAAUAUUUUGUAUGAAAAUUAAAAUUUCAUUGGUGAAAUAAAAUAUUACAUAUUAUAUUUAAUAAAAUAAAGUGAUUUCAAUUUUAUUCAAUUUUUAAGUUUGUUUAAAAAUAAAUAUGUAUCGUGUAGUAUUUUAAGAAACAUAUAUUGAGGAUUUGUUGUCCAUAUACAUCCAGGUCCCUAGUUAAAAUCCACUGUGGAAUUGAAAUAUUACUAUACUAUUAAGAUAUUCUUGUAUUUUUUUAAGUUAAUUUUUCAUAGUUGUUGUGUAUGCUUGUUAUUGAAUUAUGUUUUCAAUUAGUUAUAUUAUAACUAAAAAUUUGAUGUAAUAAUUAAAAAACUUGAGCUAAUCUAUUAGAAGCAAUCAUUUCAAAAGUAAAAUACCUUACAAAGAAUUUCUGUGUAUUUAAUACUAAAUAUUACAAUAAUGAUGAUAAUGAUGAUAUAUGAUGAAUAUGAUGAUAAGUAUAAUUUAUCAAGUUAUAUCAUAUUUUUAUUUAUUUUUUUUUUAUUUAUUUUUAUAUUUUUAUAAAGAUAUACAGUAGAAUCUGUUUAAUGGGGACAAAUUGUCAUAGUUUUAGGCAAUUUAACUUUGUUUACUGAAGACAAAUCAUUGGUUAUAAGAGACAUAUAUAUCUUUAAAUACCCCUAUAAAUAAUUACUUUCUUAACAAAAUUGUUGAGAGAAGUCUGCAAAAUAAAGAAAGUGAAGGCGACAUGGAGCCAGUCAAAAUUAUACUAGAGAAGCAGAAAAGUGCAUUGAUCAACUGAGACUAUAUUUCAUGCAAAAUGGAAAUGAAAGUGUUACAAUAACUUCACUUGACUUGUGCAGACUUUGUCAAUAAGCAAAGUCUUAAUAAAUUACAACAAAGAAGAAUGGACCAUUUUUCAUACAUACAUACAUUCCAGCAUAUCAAAUU